GUUUAUUUGCGCUCCGAUUACGUAGCCACACGCUGAUACAAUAAGAGUUAAACGUCAUUACGUGCGCAUGUACAAAAGAUGUUAAUAAAAGUAUUUAGACAGUAUAUAUUCCACGAGAGAGAUCACGUGUAUAAUAAUUAAAUGUCAGCGGGCAAAUUUGUUCUCAAUUAAUUUUAAUUUAUUAAUGACAAAGUCUUGUGAGAGAAUAAUCGCUUUACCCGAUGACGAUACUCUACGAUCCCAGCUGUAAGAAGGAACCGUCUACGGGAGCGUCGACGCAAUACGUGCAGGAGAAAGAAAUCUGUAUGAAACUGUUCGAAAGAUGGAGCGAAUCGGAGCAAGUGCAGUUUGUCGAACAGCUGUUAGCACGAAUGUGUCAUUAUCAGCACGGACACAUCAACGCGUAUCUCAAACCGAUGCUGCAGAGAGACUUUAUUUCGCUUUUGCCCAAGAAAGGAUUGGACCACGUGGCGGAAAGUAUUCUUUCAUACCUUGACGCAAAGUCGCUUGUUUCCGCAGAGCUAGUGUGCAAGGAAUGGCACAGGGUUAUUAGCGAAGGAAUGCUUUGGAAGAAGCUGAUUGAGCGCAAGGUUCGAACGGAUUCGGUCUGGAGAGGUUUGGCUGAAAGGAGAGGAUGGAUACAGUAUCUCUUUAAACCGAAACCUGGGGAGGCCCAUCCCAAUCACAACUUCUACAGAUCUCUUUAUCCCAAAAUCGUCAAAGACAUCGAGAGCAUAGAGAACAACUGGAGAAUGGGCCGAUUUAAUCUCCAAAGAAUCAACUGUCGCAGCGAGAACUCUAAAGGCGUUUACUGUCUGCAGUAUGACGAUCAGAAGAUAGUUUCCGGGCUCCGAGACAACACGAUUAAGAUCUGGGACAGAAAUACUCUGCAGUGUAUCAAGGUGUUGACGGGCCACACGGGUUCAGUGCUUUGUUUGCAAUAUGAUGAUAAGGCUAUAAUAUCCGGUUCCUCGGACAGCACUGUGAGAGUCUGGGACGCCACUACGGGCGAGAUGGUCAACACAUUAAUUCAUCAUUGCGAGGCGGUACUGCAUCUCAGAUUUAACAACGGCAUGAUGGUGACCUGCUCAAAGGACCGUUCAAUAGCAGUCUGGGAUAUGACAUCGCAGACAGAGAUUGCGUUGAGACGUGUAUUAGUGGGGCACCGAGCAGCAGUGAACGUGGUUGAUUUCGACGAGAAGUAUAUUGUUUCCGCCAGUGGUGAUAGGACUAUCAAAGUAUGGAACACCUCCAACUGCGAAUUUGUGCGAACGUUGAACGGACAUAAACGCGGAAUAGCGUGUUUGCAAUAUAGGGAUCGCUUAGUAGUUAGUGGUAGUAGUGAUAAUACCAUACGACUGUGGGACAUCGAGUGCGGUGCUUGCUUACGUGUUCUAGAGGGACACGAAGAAUUAGUAAGAUGUAUUCGAUUCGACAGUAAGCACAUCGUCAGCGGUGCUUAUGACGGAAAAAUCAAAGUUUGGGAUCUCGUAGCUGCUCUCGAUCCUCGUGCCGUUGCCAGUACAUUAUGCUUGCGUACUUUAGUGGAGCACACCGGGCGUGUGUUUCGCCUUCAGUUUGACGAGUUCCAAAUAGUUUCAUCAUCUCAUGAUGAUACGAUAUUAAUUUGGGAUUUUCUUAAUUACAACCCGUCAAGCGGAAGCGUAUGCAGUGGACGUCUGCCGAUGGAUGGAGCGCCAAACCAAGCCGAUACUAGAUCUCCUUCCCCAUUUGAGUGACGCAUCAAUACGGAGAUUUCUUUAUUGUGAUAUAAUUACAAGUGGUUAGUGAGUGAAUUCAAUGUGUUCACGACAACGUACGCAAACAAUGAAAUAUCCCAUGAUGAAUGUCCAGCGUGAACAACAACUAUACACAGAAACGUCUGAGGGAAAAAACUUGGUUGAUCAAUGACUUUGAUUUAUUGUUUGCUGAGACAGCAAAAAAAAUUCUUCAAGAAAUAGGAAAGUAAAUCGGACUGACUUGCGUGAAACUAUAAAUUGUAAUUUAUAUAUGCGCUUGACGCAACGCGUUUAGGAACGAACAGUAUGUUUAAAACCGCAUAAAUACAUCCCAUGGAUGUAAACGAUUUUUAAUGUCGUCUGCUUUGGCCAUAUUUGGAAUUCUUCUACGCUCUAUGACAUGAACAGAAGACCAUUUUCCUACGGUAAAAAAGAAAAAAAAAGAAAGACUUACAAUACGUAAUGUAGUGAAACGUUUUUAGGGAGGCUGGAUAUUACACUUAAUAAGACAUUAGAUGUAUUAUAGUAAAAGGAAUUAAUGAUUUUUUUAUAUUAAUUAAUUUAUGAAAUAAAAAAUUGUAAAAUGUUGUUUGAUUGGAGUACUUACGUUGUGUGAAUGUGUAAAAAAAGAAAUUGUUACAUGGGAGGAUUGUCGUAUUACACCGUCUAUUAAAAAUAGCUCGUACAAAGUGCUAUGUACCCAUGUUUAGAAACGCAAAAAAAUAAUCAUUGAUUGAAUGUAUAACAGUUUUUUGUAGACAUCCAAAUUUUGUGGAAUUUAUUUUAAAAGAGCGAGUGAAGAGCCAACAACCUCUGCACAGCCUACAUUUGGUACGAUACCAUUUGCAUUUAGAAUAUAAAAAUCACUAUAUCAGAAUGUGUAAAUAUUAUUAUCAUUAUUAUUAUAUUCAUACCGAAAACAAAUAUAGCGUGUGAUCUUAAAAUGAUCUUAACUACUGUAAAAAGAAAGGAAAAGAAAUAUUAUUAUAUCUUGACUAUUGAUCUCGUUGAACUCUUUUUAUUCACGUUUUGUACUCAUUUUUAUAUUUAUCUAAAUUAUCUAUUCGAAAAUGUGUAUUGAUGCUUUUUCUAGGUGUGUUAAUUGUUUUGUGAUUUGGUAUUUCACUGAAAAAAAUUUUAAGAAUACUCUUCAAAUAUAACGAAAACUUCAAAUGCAAAUAAACGAAAUAUUGCUAUUUGGAUUUAUGUCUAAUAGUUUAAAUCAUGUCACCAUAAAAACGCCCAAAUGAUUGUGAUAUUAUAAAACAUUCAUGCUUUGUAAACAGCGUGAAUAUUAAUGUA